CACAAGGAGGAAGCUUUUGGGAUCAAGUGGAAAGAGGGACACAGUCUAGUCAGUCAUAUGAACUCGGGACUGGUUCAGUCACAAUGAGAAAUCUUAUUCUAAACUGGACAUUUCUCUUUAUUUUACAUCUGACCAAAGAGGACGCUUCAGUGCAAAAGCUGAGUGCCCCAGAAAAGCACUUUCUUGUCCUGAUGUGUUCUGACGCUUCAUAUGUUGACUGGAGCCAUGGGCUGGAAAAGGUGAUCGCUUCUAAACGAGGAAAGCUGGUGUCUUACCUGGACCAAAGCAAACACCAGCUGCUUGAAGACGGCCAGCUCUCCAUUAAAGGCCUGCAGGAAUCAGACGCAGGAGAAUAUUACUGCAACCAUCAGCUAGUGGCAGAUAUCACUGUGCUCAAAGGUCAUAACUUUACAGUUGCUGAGGGCACAACUAUUUAUCUGCCAUGUAAGACAUCUGAUAAAAUGAAGCAGAGAUGGGCAUUCAAACGCACUCCUCACUCCAGAAAAGAGUUCAUCUCCACACUUUAUAAAAACAGCACCAUAAAGAAAGAGAGAGCUGAUCCAACAUUAAGAUUCACCCACACCACAGACCACCUGAUUAUCUCCAGUCUCCGGCUGCAGGACUCUGGGCUUUAUCUGUGCAACAACAGAGAGAUGGCUUUCCUCACGGUGACCACAGCAUCGACUGAAAUUGAAAACAGCAGUCCAGAUAUAAACAAAUAUCUGACUGUGGCCGUCCUGCUGGCCUUGUGCAUACUGGCGAUGGUUUGUGUUGGACUUCUGUCUGUGACGAUCGGCUGGAAAAGCAGAAGAAGGAGAAGAAACUUCAGAAAAGAAACAGAGCUGACAAAUAUUGCAUCUGGUCAACAAUUACAAAGCAUGUCAAAUGAAGGCCCCUGGAUGCUGGACCCUCAGGAGGAUGCAGGGGAAAUCCAGUACGCGUCUCUGGGUGUGCAGCACUGGAGACAGACAGACAGACAGCUGAGCAGCAGACAGCAUGUCAUUUACUCCACACUGACCCCGUCAUGAAAACAACACACUCAUUUACACUGGAUACCUAGUCAAUAUGAGAUAUGUUCAUAUAAACCGAAUACAUUCAAAAACACCUUAUAUAGAAACUGAGUCUUAGCUUUAUUGUCAUCCUACAAAAGCUUAUAUAUAAUCAAACAAAUGAAAAACAAACCAUAGAAUAUAGUUAUAUAACACAUGUAAUAUAACUACUUUAGCUGUGAAACUUGAAAUUAUUAGGAAAGGGGAUCUGCAAAGAUUCAUAAAACAUAGGCACAUUUAGGUACAUUGGGGCGCAUUCCCUUCAAAAACAAAGCUAAACCACAGCAGCUCAGAUGUCAGGAGUAAAUGAGACUGCUAUGUUCAUUAUAAGAUCCACCAACAGAACACCUUGAUUAUUAGGAGUCAUUCUUUCAUAUUGUCUUCCCCUGCACACAAUGGUGGCCUUGUCAAUCAACGAUCGUGGGAGUGGCCUGUGCAGAACUACGUCACUCUCACAGGAAUCUCAGAACAGCCUGGUUUGAGAACAAAAUAAAAUAAAAACACCGGGUGGAUUUUUACCAUUAGUGGUUGUGUACAGACACUUUUAUGACCCCUUUAAACCAACUACAUGUAGCCUUGGUGAACAAAAUAGACUUCUUUCAGAAAUAUUACAAAUAGUUCCAACCCCAAACUUUUGAAUGGUAUUGUAUAAAUGAUUUUAUAUGGAUUUCUCCCACAGGCUUGGCAUAGGUUCAGAGUAUAGAUGUUGGUAUAGUAGACUUGUU